UAUAAUACAGAAUUACAUAAAUUUCCUGUGAAGCAUUCAAUUUUCAAAAUAAAGAUUAUUGUCUAAACAUUGUCUUAAUCUAAUCCCAAUAUAAAUCAUUCUUCUUCCUUUCUCUCCAGCUUUUUGUGAUCAUAUUUUCGUCUCCACAUUCAACUGCACCACCUGCAAUCUGAUUUACUUUUUGAGCUGUUUAUAGAGGUGCUGUUGUGAUUGAAAUAGAAAUUAGGGAUAUUGAUGUAGCUCAAUUUGAUUGUUCCAGAAAAUUUGGUGGCUAGGGUUUUCCAUCUAUCAUCUAUGAAGAACAGCAAUAAGCUUGUGCUGUUGUGGGCUCUGUGUUUCGUAAUUGAUGUAGUUUCCGCAGCUGAUUACUCAGCGACGGAUAAGAUCUUCUUGAACUGCGGAGGGCCUCCUGAUUCCUCUGACACCGAUGGCCGGAAAUGGACGUCGGAUAUUGGGUCGAAGUUUGCCCUUUCGAGCACCAAGUCUUCGACUGCACCCGCAUCUGUGCAGAAACCGUCAGUACCGGAGGUUCCUUACAUGACUGCUCGGAUUUUUCAAUCCGAGUUCACCUACAGUUUCCCGGUGGAGUCCGGUCGCAAGUUCCUGCGCUUGCAUUUCUAUCCUGCGUCGUAUAAUGGUCUAAAUGCUUCAGAUGCUGUCUUCUCGGUAACUUCUGGAGAAUUUACCUUGAUAAGGAACUUUAGUGCUGCUCUGACCACGGAGGCGCUGAACUAUGACUAUUUGAUGAAGGAGUUCUCCGUGAAUGUCCCGGAUCAAGUGUUGAAUGUUACAUUCACCCCAUCCCCGAAUGCAUCCAACUCGUAUGCAUUCAUCAAUGGGAUUGAGGUCGUUUCACAUCCGGAUAUUUACACCACGGAUGGGACUGAACCUGUCGUUGGUCAGUCCACUGGCUUCAUUAUCGACCACAGCACAGCGCUGGAGAAUGUAUAUCGGCUGAAUGUAGGCGGAAAUGACAUUUCCUCAUCUGGUGAUACUGGUCUGUUCAGAUCAUGGCGUGAUGAUUCAGUUUAUAUAUUUGGUGCUGCGAAUGGGGUUACAGAGGUUCCUGAUAACACGACGAUUGCAUACCCUCCCGGGAGCCCAACCUACAUUGCCCCUCUUGAUGUAUACAGCACCCUGAGAUCAAUGGGUCCAAAUGCAACCAUCAACCAGAAUUACAACCUAACUUGGCUCUUUGAUAUCGAUUCCGGCUUCUCUUACCUAGUUAGGCUCCAUUUCUGCGAAGUUACAGAUGUCAUAACAAAGCCAAAUCAAAGAAUGUUCAGUAUCUACCUCAAUAAUCAGACUGCAGAGGAGCAGGCAGAUGUGAUUGUUUGGGCAGGUGGUAAAGGAAUCCCUGUACACAAGGACUAUAUUGUCUUUGUCCCUAAUGGGCCUCCCCGCCAGGAUCUUCGGCUUGCAUUGCAUCCUUACACUCCACUGAAGCCUCAGUACUACGAUGCCAUCUUGAAUGGAGUUGAAAUAUUUAAGGUAAAUGAUUCAACUGGUAAUCUUGCUGGUGUCAAUCCACUACCUCUUCCACAGAUACCAGAUGAGUUAUUGGAUAACAAUUCCUCUGGAGGUAAAGAUAACAAAGGUAUUAUUGGAGGAGUGGUUGGUGGAGGAAUUGCCGCACUUCUUGUUCUUGGCCUGAUUUUAUGUGUGGUUGUCCAACGCCAGAGGCAGAAGAAGGAUUCUAGCACUAGUGAUGGCUGGCUUCCAUUGUCCUUGUAUGGGAAUUAUGCCAAGACAAACACCACAGGCAGUUAUGCCUCCUCCCUGCCAUCGAAUCUUUGCCGCCACUUUUCAGUUGCUGAGAUCAAGUCUGCUACUAACAACUUUGACGAGGCUCUUCUUCUUGGAGUAGGAGGGUUUGGAAAGGUUUAUCGUGGGGAGAUUGAUAGUGGCACGAAGGUGGCAAUUAAGCGUGGGAACCCGCUCUCCGAACAAGGUAUUCAUGAAUUCCAAACUGAGAUCGAAAUGCUCUCAAAGCUUCGCCACCGUCACCUGGUUUCACUCAUUGGGUAUUGUGAAGAGAACUGUGAAAUGAUCCUUGUAUAUGAUUACAUGGCACAUGGAACUCUCCGUGAGCAUCUAUACAAGACUCAGAAGCCCCCCUUGCCGUGGAAACAGAGGCUUGAGAUUUGCAUAGGUGCUGCUCGUGGCUUGCACUAUUUGCACACUGGCGCCAAGCAUACAAUCAUUCACCGUGAUGUCAAGACAACUAACAUCCUCUUGGAUGAGAAAUGGGUGGCUAAGGUGUCUGACUUCGGUCUGUCAAAAACUGGCCUAUCGCUGAACCAUACUCAUGUCAGUACCGUGGUUAAGGGAAGCUUCGGCUAUCUGGAUCCUGAGUACUUCAGGCGCCAACAACUGACCGAAAAAUCUGAUGUUUACUCUUAUGGAGUCGUUCUGUUUGAGAUCAUAUGCGCUCGGCCAGCUCUAAACCCUGCACUCCCGAAAGAACAAGUCAGCUUGGCCGAGUGGGCUCAGCAUUGCUACAAGAAAGGCAUCAUCGACCAGAUAAUGGAUCCCUACCUAAAGGGAAAGAUAGCUCCAGAAUGCUUCAAGAAAUUUGGUGAGACAGCAGUCAAGUGUGUGUCGGACGUUGGAACAGACCGGCCAUCCAUGGGGGAUGUCCUGUGGAACCUUGAAUUAGCGCUGCAGCUGCAGGUGAGUGCAGAGGAAAGCGGGAAGGGUCUUGGUGAGAUAGAUGUUGAGUCAUACGACGUGAAGAAGGACCCUGAUUCAUCCUCGGGUUCUGAUGGAAACAUCACCGAUUCAAAGAGCAGUGGAUUGUCAGUGAGCAUUGGUGGCCGAAGCCUUGCUAGUGAAGACUCGGAUGGCCUAACUCCGAGUGCUGUAUUUUCUCAGAUAAUGAAUCCGAAAGGGAGGUGAUGAUAUGAGCAAUGAAUUGUUUACUCCUAUCAACUUCGGGAAGAGGUUUUCUUCAUUUGUAAUUUUUUUGGCUUGUAUUAUUAUUUUCUUUUACAAAAUCAUUUUACUGCCGUAUCCAUACUGAAAGUAAACCGUGACUUGUUCCUUUGUA